UCCGGUGUAACUAUUGUUCGAGUAGUCGGUCGGUCUGUCAGGCGUUCGUUGUGUGCCUAGUGUUUGUUUUGUUAUUAAACGACUGAGAUCGUCUGUGCGUCUCGUUCCGUUUCGGUAUUCGACGUUUGUGUGUGUGUGUGUAUGCGUUCACCCCUAAACAAAGUCUAUUCCCCCACAGUACGUUACUUGAAAUUAUUUGUUUAAAAAAAUGUGGUAGAGUUUUUAAAACUAAACAGUAGCAGUUAGAGCACUACGCGAGAACGUGAUAUUUUUAAUUUUUUUUAACACGAGAAUCACAAAAAAAAAAUGCCUUGUUCCGCGGUAACUCUAUCUUUAGCAACCAUAUUGGCCAUUGUAGCUACAGCAAUGUUGGCAAUAGCAUUUUCAACUGAUAACUGGGUAGAUUAUGAAGUUCGGAGGACACAAAUACAAAAUGCUAUCGCAGCGCAAAGAGGAAAUCAAGCGGCAUCAUUACUCGAGCAAAUGAACAAAUACUAUUUCUUCACUAGGACGAAAGGUCUUUUCAGAAUAUGUUACCCGGGUGCCAAGCCUCCAACUGUUGAAACUUACUUAAGCCCUGUUGAAACUCAUUGCAUGAAUGUCGAUUAUUUCUUCUUGGAUUCUGAAAAUCAAACAAGCGAAUUCUCUGAGGAUUCCAUGACCAGAUUACACAUGGGUCGAUCAACAAUCGCUUUGUUUAUUGUUAGCUUCUUUGUCAUGUUCAUAGCAUUUUGGACCGGUGUGGCAGGAUGUUGGAGACGUUCACCGGGAAAUAUAACAGCUACUGCUAUUUUAGUACUGUUAGCUUGCCUUCUCAGCGCUGGGGCUAUGGGCUUCUGGCAUGGAGUUGAGUACUACGAAAAAGAACGUGUUGUCGGAGAAGAAUUUUAUCAACAAUGGAAUAGUAUUCUCAAGGAUAAUACCCGCAUUUCUUAUGGCUGGUCGUUUUUCUUGGCGUGGGCUGGAGUUGGUUGUUCUUUAAUAUCAGCCAUAUUGUUUUCUGGCGCCGCUAUUUGUUUGCGUGGAGAACGUGAACGGGAAGAGGCUCUCAACAUGCAAUACCUCAUGCCUGUAUACCCGCAAAAGCAACAAUAUGCCUACGCCGGAUAUCCACCACCCAACGCUUAUCCUUCGGGUCCAUACUACCACGGCCAACAGCAGUACGCCGGCCAUUACAACUAUUAGAAAAAUUUUACAUUUUAAAGGCUUAAAAAUAAUUUUGUAUUAUUAAUUGGUGCCCUCCGACAGUCUAAAACUGUUUUUAUUAAAAUAUAUAUAUAUUUUUUAGGUCGGUUGAGUGUAUUUAAAACAAAAUAUUGUUAAAUGACCGUGUGUAAUUUUCAAGAUUUAUAUAUACACAAACAUUAUGUAGAUAUAUUGCAAAACUCUUGGUCAUAAAAUAAUAAUUUGUUUUAAAUUUUCUAAUAUUAAAUACAAUGGACGAGCUUGUGUGUGAUACUUAUUAUGAUAUACUCACGAAUUCCACUUAAGUUGCUCAAACCUUUUUUAAAUUUACUAAUAUAAUAAAAUGUACUCGAAUAGUCCAUAAGAAUUUUUACAACAAUUUAUUAUUACAACCUUUUUUUGUAUAAUUUUAAUUUAUGCUUUGUUGUAUAUUUAUUGAAGUCUAUGUACCUAUGUAUACAUUUUUAAGACGAAUAAAAUAAUAUUAAAUGUUAAGUAAUUAGUAUGUUAUGAUGAAUUUUAUAGGAAAAAUCAUCAUAAUUGAAUUAUAGGAAAUAGGCUAGUUAUAAUUUUUAGUUUAUAAUGUGUAAAAGCAUAUUGAUUUGCGGAAACUUGAAAAUCUAACAAACAUUUUUACAGUGUGAAUCUAGUAACCAUUUUAAAAAAGAAUAAAAUUGUAGCAAAAUUAAAAUCUGACUGUUGAUAACUCAGAAAUAGUAUUUUAAUGUAUUGUUUCAGUUUAUUAUUUAUUAAUUCAGUGAGAUUGCCAUACAUUUACUAAGACACGGCUUAAUUUAUUUUA